AGAAUUACCUCUUCCCCACAGGCGACGACAGCCAUUCGCCAAACUAUGCUUGUCAGCGAGGGGAUUCGCAAACCCCGCGUGCGAACCGGCUGCCUGACCUGUCGAAAGCGCAAGAAAAAGUGCGACGAGGCGCGGCUGGCGGAGACGGGCGGCGGCUGUCUGCGCUGCAAGACGGCCGGCUUUCUCUGCCUGGGCUUUCCAGACGUCAAGUCGGCUGGCUCCCCUUCGAGGAGCUCGCAGUCCGAUGGACGAGCAGCCAGCGCUUCUACGGUCAUGGAGGCAGCGACGACGACGGGCAAGACGGGAAGCGGAAGUGGCGGUUGCUCGGCCACAGGCGACUGUCUCCUCUCGGGCCACGACCUCUGCGAUGGAUGUCUGGCCACCAUUGCGCCCAUGUCGAUGCCUGCGCCGAUGCCCACGACGCCGAUGCCGCCGACGGCGGCGACGGCGACAGAGACGCCUCUCCCUCAGCCGUUGCUCCAGGCCAUCGUGGGCUAUUACUCAACGGUCGUCGUCUGCUGGAUCGAGGGCAGCCAUCCGUCCGAGCUGUCGGCGUCGCCGCUGUUCGAUGGCCUCGUCCGGCGCCUCACCAUCGAGGUCGAGGUCAAUGCCCCGCUGCGGCUCUCGAUGGCCGCCGUCGCCGCGUGCUACACCCAGAGCGACCAGCUCCACUGGCCCAGGGACGUCGAUGCGGUGAGCUACUGGACUGACACGCUCAAGGAGGCAUCGCGGUCGAGGAUGGACCGGCACUUGUCGCUGCACGCGAGCCACCUGCGCCAGAUGGCGAGCCAGGCCGUCGAGGAGGCCUCGUGCUCGCUGCCCCUUGGGCCACCCUUCUUGCCCUCUCUGUCGCAGUCAUCCGACGAGGUCGACCUGGGCCAGGCGAGGGCGAUGGACCCGCUCCUCAUCGCACGCCUCAACCUGGCCAUCUUUGCAUGGGCCGACGUCUCCAUCGAAGCCUAUCACCAGCAGCUCGACGAGGCCAUCCUCCUCGUCGCCCGCCGGGGGCUGGGCAGGAUCGCCGACCUGUCCAAGCUCCACUCGCUCGAGACCAUGGGCCUGCGCACCCUCAUCUGGGCCGACAUCUGCGCCAGCCUGUCCCGCAGUGCCCGUCCCUACUUUAGACUUCGGUGCGGCGGUUCCAGCGAGGCAACCGACGCCUUCUACCCAUCCGAACCAUUCAGCUGUCCCGAUGAGCUCUUGUGCUGCCUGUGCGAUGUGGUGCUGCUGCGUGCCGAUGCGCGCGACAUUGGCCCGACGCCCUCGCCCCGGAUUCGCGAGGCUGCCAGCCGGCUCGAGGCACGCCUGGACGUCUGUCCGUCACGUGGACGUGCGCCUGGCUGCGCCGAGAUGAUGCGGCAGGCGGCCAAGGCGCUCCUGUACACCGACGUGCUACGCCUGGGUCCCCUCGAGCGCCGCUGCCGUGCCUGCCUCGCGGCCAUCCUGGACCAGUGGCUGUCCUCGGGCGCGCGCGACUUCUGUCGCGCCGUCGGCUGCGGCUCCUACCUGUUCAGCAUCUUCAUUGGCGCCAGCAUCGCCGUCGACGAGCGCGACCGCGUGGCCUUCCGCGAGGCGCUCUCUAUCGUGGGCCACUGCGAGGCCGCGGCAAAGGGCGCCCGCACCGUCAUUGAGCGCGUCUGGGCGCGCACCGACGAGACCGGCUUCCCCGUACGGUGGACUGACGUCCUCGGCGACGACUGCCACGUGGCCUUCUUCUGA